UUUUUUUUUUUUUUUUUUUUUUGGCGUUCAUUUCUUUUAUAUUUCUACCUUAUUUUCAUCUCGCUACUCGCCAACCGCCGUCCUUUCACCGUCACCGUCCCGCUGCCAAUUUUCAGUUGAUUUACCAGAAUUCGAAUUGUCGUUAUGUGGGAAGCUAAAAUGAGAUAUUGACACCCGACUGAUAACUAUAUCACUAGGCAUUGCCACAUGCAUUACUCAUCGUCUCUUUAUAUACUGAUUUUCUUUUAGCCAUGUCUUUCACCAUUAACUUUUUUACUUUAACAGAGGGUGGAAGAACAAUUCAGUUUAUGGGAUUGGAGCAAUGCUGGCACAGGAAGUUAGGAGUUUUCAUAUGUUGAUAUUGUGCUUCUAUUUUCAUGUUCAGAAUCUAAUCCGCAGGGCUUUAUUUCCCUGUAACUAGGAACGACCAUCAUGAGCUGUUAAAAUAAGACGCUGUUAAAAGUAGCGUAUCCCCCCUUCCCAUGCCUAAAAUUAAGGGCGCUGCUUUUUUAGAGGAUUUAUUCCAAUCACCCUCCCUUUAUACUCCGUACCUUUACCUAGGUAGCUGGCUAUGUUUGUCCUGCUGUGUGAUGUCAUCUGAUCGACCCUUCAGCCCUAUCGACGUCGUUUGGCUUGGAGCAGAUCCAACAGAACAAACAGAACAAACAGAACAAACAUUGCGGAACCCAACUUCCUGCUCCGCCAGAAAACGCAUCGCGAUGUUGGCGCAUUGCGCAUGAUCAAGGGGUCGCCCCUCAACUUCAAAUACUGUCUAACUAACCCUCUUCAAUUGGCUGCUGACUUCUCCAAUAACCCAACCCAUGAACUGAGGAAGCAGGAAAGGAACACCGGUCGUCUGUGAUCUCCCCCGGCGGGCGUCUCUAGUAGCCAUGCUCCCCAAACAGGGCCCUGCUCCAGUUAAACCCCCUCCGGCUCGCAAAGGCACAAUUAUAAAGCCACACAAAGAGUCAGCACCGCCUACCCCUUCCCCUUCUACCGCCUCCACCACUCCUCACCCUACAUACGACGCCCCUUCAGCAGAAACGCACGUAAAGACCAACCUCGUAAACCGCAAAUUGGAAGCCGCAGAGUAUACGAAAAUCAUUGAACGGUUAUCCCACAAAGCCGCUCCGUCUCACUCCUCUAAUAAUGGGAAAUCCUUCGCUUCAUCUUCAGAAAUCCCGUCGGCAUCAGCCACAGCUUCAUCUUCGUCCAGCUUCUUCCGCUCACCCAGAUUCCGCAGGGCCGCUCUCCGCUUUGGAGGCUACAGCUUACUCGCAAUGGGCGGCCUUGUUCUUCUCUCAGACCACCUCGUGCAGGUGAUGUGGGUGAGUGGCCCGUCAAUGACACCCUGCUUGAACGAGGGGUAUGGCGAGACACAUCUUGUCAAGGACAUGAUAUUAGUAAAAAAGUGGGAACCGGCGAAGAAUCUUAGGAGGGGGAUGGUUGUUACGUUCCCCUCCCACCUCAACCCCUCCCAAACCACCGUUAAACGCAUAAUAGCUCUUGCAGGAGACCGCGUGACACCGCGCAAUCAAUCGGACGGCAGCGCGCAAAUCGUCCCCUGGAAUCACGUUUGGGUGGAAGGUGAUGUAGCCGACGCAAAGAAGACUAUGGACAGUAAUACGUACGGGCCUGUAUCGAUGAGCUUAAUAUCAGGACGGGUAAUGUGUGUGCUGUGGCCGCGGAUGAGAUUGUUGAAGUGGGACGAUUGGGCAAGAGAGGGAGGAGAGCCAGCCGCGAAGAGAUCGAGGGUUGAGGAGGAUGCGGUUAAGGUUGAGAAGCCGUAUAUUGGCGCAUAGUAAUGGCUGGAAUUCUCAAAGCUUUUUCAGUUUGGUUACUGUAUAUUGUAUAUUAUACCAUUUAUCUGUAUAUAUAUGUUGUUGUUAUGAGAAAGAGAGCAUCUGGACGGCUCUCUACUAUGCAUGAAGUUGGGGCUUGCAUUUGGCAUUCAAGAUUUUGGUGGCUUAUAGAUAUUCCUCAUUGGAGAUGUAAUGAUAGAAUUGGCACAUCGAGCCAGCCCCUGCACGGUUUAGAUAUAUAACCCAUGCAGUUAGUUGUCUGGUAAUUAUCAUAUAGGGGAGAAAGGAAUUAUGAAAUGAACAGAAUCUUUCUGAACAUGCACCUCCUUAAGAAGAAAAAACAAAAGCUGAACUAUUCCCCUGCGAUGCAUUCGCUAUUAAAAGAACGGGACACAAAGAGAACCAAAAAUAUACUGUACAAUUGCCCUCAUGAACCAGCCGGAUACAGGGAACCCUGAAGAAACAGAAACACGAUGGAUUGAGAACGGAUCAUUGGUCUUUAGGGACAAUUCGAAGGUCCUCCAACUGCUGCAG